AAGAAAUGUUCUGAAGAUAAUACUGAUGUGGAACUAGCAUGCUAGUAAUUAUUCAAUAUAAUGAACUAAAUACGACAAAUAAUGAUCGCUUAGCUUUAGAAAUUAUUGCGAAAUAUUUCAAAGACAAAAUAGAGCACAUUCUAUAUAAAUUUGAAGAAUACAACAUAGAAGAAAUUGAAAGCAGUAUGAUGAUCUUAACGCCAUGCGUUGCGGAGAUAGCUGGGAGUUUCAUAGUUUUCAUCGAAAAAAAACAAGUCGUGGAGGUGGAUAAUCUAAUAGAGGCAUUUGAGUUAUGUUUUGGACUCUAUUUCAUACAAAAUACACAGUACCCUAAAGUUAUAUCCGGAUUAUUAGAAACUAUACAAUGUUAUUUUUUAAAAGUAACACAGAAAGAAGCUGUUCUGUAA